UUGAGUAUGAUUUGGUUUCUAAGAUUGAAUACAAUGUUGUUGACGCUGGUAAUCGCAGCAGAGAGUUCUGGAUCUAGUGCGGGACCGUCAGUCUCCGCGAGUGGCUCUGGUGUUGAAGCGGCAGCUUCAGUAGGAUCUAGUAGUUCGUCAGCUGGCGAGCCGACGCUGGUAGCAUCAUCGUCAACUUCGCCAGCUUUAACGGGAUCAUCACCAUCAACACCGGCCUCUGGCGAAUCCACCCUAGCGUCGUCGUUGUCUGGAUCGGCUACUCCAACCGCUUCGACUGGAGGCCAAACUUCGAGCUCGUCCCCUCAGACUGUAUCAAGCUCGGCUCUACCUGGCACUGGAACUGGAUAUGGCACGAGCUACUUGGGUGGAGACGUCGGCACGCCUGCGAGUUCUUAUGGCUUUGGCGCUCCACCAGCACCACCAAGCUCUCAAACGCCACCAAAUCCUUCUCCAUCGCCAUCGCCAUCGCCAGCAAAUCCUUACGCGUCUUCCUCUUCUCCUCCCCCGUCGUCGCAAUCUCCAGCAACCAGGAGCUCUUUUGCUGGUUCAUCCAGAGGAGGAGGAGCUGCUGCUGGAAACAGGAUCAACAAGGGACCAAUGCCCGAGUUCAAGCUUCCAGACGGCACGAACAAGUGGACGUCGGUGGACGAGAUGAGGCGGCACUACUUCCCAAACUGCGAUAACGAGCCGCCGCCACGCAGGACUUACAAGACCCCCGACCCCAGCGCGGGUGGAUUCGUCAUCCCCGACGGCUCCAGGAAGUGGAACUCGAUCGACGAGAUGCGGCGGCACUACUUCCCAAACGAGGAUUUCUCCACGCCGCCAAAGAGAACGUACAAGGCCCCGGAUCCAAAGGCUGGCGGCUUUGUUCUUCCCGACGGCUCUCGCAAGUGGAACUCGAUUGACGAGAUGAGGAGGCACUACUUCCCGGACGAGGACUUCUCCAAGCCUCCCAAGCCCUUUGGAUCCACGGGAAAGAGUGACAAGUGAUCGACAAAGCUUGCCAUUGCCACCUUUUCGUCUGAAAACUAUUCUAUAUAUCCAAACCUUUAUGGAGUUCAUUGGACUGAAUGGAGAAGGUCAUCUUCCUACAAAGUUCUUUUCGAUUGUUUGUCAUGUUUUUCUUUCAAUACUGUGCUGGAUCUUCAAUACAAAAGAUCCUCUACUGGAAGAUCAGAUGAAGGUA